AUGAAGUUCUUGCUGUUGCUUUCAGUCCUUGGGGUCUGUUGGGCACAGUAUGAUCCCCAUACCAAAUGCGGCAGAACAUCGAUUGUCCACUUAUUUGAAUGGUGCUGGGAUGACAUUGCUGUCGAAUGUGAGCGUCACCUAGCUCCUAAUGGCUAUGGAGGUGUCCAGGUCUCACCUCCAAAUGAGAAUGCAUUGAUCAAUAACUCUUCAAGACCUUGGUGGGAAAGAUACCAGCCAGUUAGUUACAAGAUAUGCUCCUGGUCUGGAAAUGAAGAUAAAUUCAGACAGAGGGUCAAGAGAUGCAAUGACGUUGGAGUCAACAUCUAUGUGGAUGCUGUAGUGAACCAUAUGUGUGGGAGUGGUUUGAGUGCUGGAACAAGUAGCACCUGUGGAAGUUACUACAAUCCUGGAACAAGAGACUUUCCUGCUGUUCCAAACUCUGGCUGGGAUUUUAAUAAUGGUAAAUGUAAAACCGGCAGUGGGGAAAUUGAAAGCUACUAUGAUAUUUAUCAGGUUAGAGAUUGCCAUUUGACUGGGCUUCUUGAUCUUGCUCUGGAGAAAGUUUAUGUGCGUUCCACAAUUGCCACUUAUUUGAACCACCUGAUUGACCUUGGUGGUGAGCCAAUUACAAGCAGUGAACACUUUGACAAUGGUCGGGUUACGGAAUUCAAAUAUGGUGCAAAACUAGGCACGGUUGUAUGCAAGUGGGAUAGAGAAAAGAUGGCUUAUUUAAAGAACUGGGGAGAAGUUUGGUCCUUAAUCCAUUCAGACAGGGUACUUGUCUUUGUGGAUAAUCAUGACAACCAGAGGGGCCAUGGAGCUGGAGGAGCUUCCAUUCUCACCUUCUGGGUUGCCAGAUUAUACAAAAUGGCAUUUGGAUUUAUGCUUGCUCAUCCUUGUGGAUUUACACUAGUGAUGUCAAGCUACAGGUGGCCAAGAAACUUGCAGAAUGGAGAGAUAUUUUUAAUUUCAACAUUUAGAAACCAGGGUCCUCCUCGACCCCCCACGUAUACUGGCCCUGCAGGUCGGGGCAGAGAAAGAGAGCUAAAUCGAAUUCUUUGUGAGAUCUGCGUCAGAAGAAAGUUUGUAACUUACUGGAUGAACCGGGAAGGCUUCAUGAUGGGGUGA